AUGAUGUCCUACAUUAAACAACCCCAUUAUGCAGUCAAUGGACUGACCCUUUCCGGGACUGGCAUGGACCUCCUGCAUUCAGCUGUGGGGUACCCAAGUAAGUACUCAAUCUCCCCUCCAGCCACCCCUAGGAAGCAGAGAAGAGAAAGGACUACCUUCACCAGAGCCCAGUUGGACAUUUUGGAAGCUCUCUUUGCAAAAACCCGCUACCCAGAUAUCUUCAUGAGGGAAGAAGUGGCUCUUAAAAUUAAUUUGCCAGAGUCACGUGUGCAGGUUUGGUUCAAGAACAGAAGGGCUAAAUGCCGUCAGCAGCAACAACAGAGCAGUGGACAGGCCAAGCCUCGUCCGGCAAAAAAGAAGACAUCACCAGCCAGAGAGACCAAUUCAGAAGCCAGCACUAAUGGGCAGUACAGUCCUCCGCCUCCUGGUACAGCAGUGACCCCCAGCUCAACAGCAAGUGCCACUGUGUCUAUAUGGAGCCCAGCCUCCAUCUCCCCCAUCCCAGAUCCCCUUACUGGGGCUACAACUCCUUGCAUGCAGAGAUCAGCUGGAUAUCCCAUGACAUACAGCCAGGCCCCUGCAUACACUCAGAGCUAUGGAGGGUCUUCUUCAUACUUCACAGGGCUGGACUGUAGUUCCUAUUUAUCUCCAAUGCACCCUCAGCUCUCAGCCUCUGGAGCCACAUUAAGUCCAAUUGCCACUUCUACCAUGGGAAGUCACCUAAGCCAAUCUCCUGCAUCUCUGUCUGCUCAGGGGUAUGGAGCAUCCAGCCUUGGUUUCACCUCUGUGGAUUGCCUAGACUACAAAGACCAAACUUCCUCCUGGAAGCUAAAUUUCAAUGCCACUGACUGCUUAGAUUAUAAGGACCAAAGUUCAUGGAAAUUCCAGGUCUUGUAA